AUGGAUUCAAAUACAAAUCCAAAAACAAAGACAUCGCUAGAAAUGCAACUAGUUAAGAGAAAUGACAAUAUGGUGCUUCGAAAGUUUCUCCAGUAUGAACCACAUAUCUACAAUCGAAAAGGUUGCCUCACCAAAGUUUGUCCAGAUAAAGAUGCAGCAGAGGAUCAAAGUUUAGAUAUCUAUUUAAGAUGUGGCAAUUCAGGACACAAUAUUGUCUCAUGCAGCAAUGAGUAUAUUUCUGAUGAUCUCAGGUUUCCUGCUAUACCUGUGGGCAUUCUGGCCAUUUGGGUUCUAAAUGUGAAACUGUUUUGGCUGGGUAGUGCAGCCCAGGGAAGUCUCAACAAUGACUAUCCAGCCUUCAUAUGUGUGGAAACCCUUGACGUAGUCCUACAAUUCCUUGAGAACUCUCCAUUCCUUGAGAAGUUGAAGAAGAAGGGGUAUGAGGUCCUUUACAUGGUCGAUGCCAUUGAUGAGUAUGCAGUGGGACAGUUGUAG